GUCUAUGGCGACAGCUACCAAGGAGGCGGGCUGAACGGCUGUGGCUUUCCGGACCUCCCGAUAGAAGUUUGUAGUUUACGAUAAAAAGAGUUAUAUAUAUUCACAGCAUAUAUCACAACGGAUAGCUUAAGGAUUCGUCUUUUCUAAAGCCCACGAAACAGAAGUUUGGUUUGGAGCAUUGGAGUGCUAUCUGAAGUGAAGAUUGAAGACGUGAUAGAAGAUGAACCACUGCUAUGCUAAGAUGGCGACGUCCUGUCAAAGAGAAGGUGGAAGAGAAUCACCAACUCCCAGGAAAUCAUCAACGGAGAAAAAGCCCCAAACUGCAGAUAACGACGUCCAACAGCUGAUUUGUUGUCAAGAAGAAUGUCCCACUCAGCUGCAGAGGGGGAGCUCCACUUUGAAGCCAGAGGAUCCACAGCCCCCCCAUGUCAAAGAGGAAGAGGAGGAACUCUGGAUCACUCAGGAGGGCCUUCUAGGGCCAGAGGAGGCUGAUCUCACCAAGUUGCCACUUACUGUUGUCUCUGUGAAGACUGAAGACCAUGAAGACAAACCACCCGAGUCCUUACAUUGGUUGUUUCCUGCAUAUGUCCGGCAGGAGAUCGGUUGUCAAGAAGAGCAUCCCACUCAGCUGCAGGAAGGGAGCUCCACUUUGAAGCAGGAAGAGCCACAGCACCCCCAAGAGGAAGAGGAGGAACUCUGGACCAUUCAGGAGGGAGAGUGUCUUCUAGGGCCGAAGGAGGCUGAUAUCACCAAGUUGCCACUGACUGGUGUCUCUGUGAAGACUGAAGACCAUGAAGACAAACCACCUAAGUCCUCACACCUUCAUCACAGUCCAAGUGAGGAGAACAGAGGGGUGGAGCCUCCAAGUAGCAGCUCACCACAACACAUGACACCAGAAGCUGAUGGAGACCUCUGUGGAGGAUCACAAGCAGACAACCUCUUAGCUCCACUAUCAGAUAGUGACGACACGUCACUGUCUUCUGAGGAUGAAGACUGGGAUGGCACCCAAGAACCUUUGAGCAGCAAUACAGACUGGGAAGGUGAUAUGUGUAUAAACACUGAGCGCUCUGAAUGCUCUGAAAAGAAGACAGUUAAAAAACAUUGGACCUGCUCAGUUUGUGCAAGAAGAUUUUCUUUUAAGUGCCAUUUGACUCAACACAUGAGGACACACACAGGAGAAAAAUGUUUUGCUUGUUCUGUCUGUGAUAAAAGAUUCUCUGAUCAGUCAAAUAUGGUAUCACACAUGAGAACACACACGGCAGAAAAACCCUUUAGUUGCUCAGUUUGUGCUCAAAGAUUCUUUCAAAAGGCACACGUGGUAUCACACAUGAGAAUGCACACAGGAGAAAAACCCUUUAGUUGCUCAGUUUGUUGUAAAAGAUUCUUUCGUAAAGAAGCGAUGAUCAGACACAUGAGAACACACACAGGAGAAAAACCUUUUGUUUGUUCUGAUUGUGGUCAAAGAUUCACUCGAAAGUUAAGUAUGGUAUCACACAUGAGGGCGCACACAGGGGAAAAACCUGUUGGUUGUUCUGUUUGCGGUCAAAGAUUCUCCCGAAAGUCAGAUAUGGUGCGACACAUGAGAACGCACACAGGACACAAACCCUUCAGUUGCUCAGUUUGUGAUAAAAGAUUCAUUCAGAAAGGAGAUGUAGUAAGACACAUGAGAACACACACAAGAGAAAAACCUUUUGAUUGUUCUGUUUGUGGUCAAAAGUUCUCUCGAAAGUCUACUGUGGCAUUACACAUGAGAACGCACACAGGAGAAAAACCUUUUAGUUGCUCAGUUUGUGGUCAAGGAUUCUCUCAAAAUGCAACAAUGGUAUCACACAUGAGAACGCACACAGGAGAAAAACCUUUUAGUUGCUCAGUUUGUGGAGAAAGUUAUUCUUGUAAGAAAAGAUUGACAACACACAUGCAGACACACAAUGGAGAAUGAACAUUUUACUGGCCAGUUUGUGCUAAAAGAUGAUCAAAUCCCAGAAGUGUAACCCGUGAGAAGGGCUAGAAAGUGGUGAUCUGCUGUGUGAAUAAUACCCAGUUCCCUCAUGAGUUAAUGUUUCAUAACAGCUGCGACACAGCCUUGAUUGGUUAAGGACAACAUGGGAGUUUUUUCUCAUCUUCCUUCUUUUGGACUGCAGAAGUGUAUGUGUAUCAUGGAAUUGUGUUUGCGUUGUUACAAUGUUCUAUAAUAGUGCUGUGCAUGCUCACAGAGCUUAAGUUACCCAGGAGGUAUUCUGCGAAAGUGGGUCAACCAACCCAGGCUUUGUGCUGAAGUUGCAGCUCAACAGAACCUGAAAUCCAUCAUCAUACUUAAUUGGUCCCACGACGGUGGUUAUCAACUUAUUUUGUCAAGUCCGGUUUUCGACUUUGUGCUAAGUUUGCGUUCACAUAAAAAGGGGCGUUUGACAUCAUAUUAUUCUACUUCAGCUGAAAAGUGAAGCGAUCCCAGCCAGUGUAUUUAACACAAGAUGAGCCAGUAAUGGAGCGUUAUGAGGAGUUCCAAAAGAUUAUGGCUGCUAAAAGCAACACUGUCACCGCCAAUAGAGCGAGGGAGGACUGCCGGCAUGCAGCCUGUGAAUGCGCAAGUUAACACUGAUUUUUACACCAACUGUACCGUAGGAGUCUUUUCAUUGACAUAUUAACACUUAUCCAUUUAAAAAAUAAAUAAAUUGGAGCAACGACUGUCUUUUUCUGUGACCACUAGAUAGCAGUGUUGACGUGUUGUGGCGACCUUUUUAAUUUUAUUUUCCUUCUUAUAAUAAAGAGGUGUUUUCUUCCAGCUGAUUGAUGCCUCACAGUGCUUAUUCCUCCAGCAAAUAUUGUAAUAUAAGAAGACAAAAGGGCUGCGUACUCAUGCAAGGACUCCUGUGACAUAUGUCUGCUGACAUUGGUCUAAUUAUUAAUAUUUAAAUAUAGGCUUGAUCUGAAGCCAAGCUCUGUCCAUCUGUCUCCCCAUUGUGUGAUCAGGCUGAGGCUUUUAGGCUCCCAAGUUUGCACCCGGGCCCAGUUCCAUCUCUGCCGCCCGGGCCUCCGUGGGGUGGGGGGUCCUUACCUCUCCAUCCCUGGGUGGGGCUGUCGGGGGUUGAGCAGAGGAUUUUGUGUUUUUAGUUUCUGUCUUUGUCUCUUUUAUUAAGAGUCACUAAUAAAAUCCCCCCCCCCCCAAUAUACACUCCUGAUCAAAAUAUUUAGACCAGUUGAAGAAUUGCUAGAAUUUGCAUUUUGCACAUUUGGAUCUUAAUGAGGUUUUUAAAGUAGAGCUACAAUAUGCAAAAACAAGAAGGGGGAGUGAGACAAAAAGCAUUUUGAAAAGUAAUUUAUUAAAAACAACAAUUAAACUGAAAUAGGCUGUUGAUCAGCUUUAUCAGCAACCAAGCCCAACAAUGGGCUGUAGUCCAGAUGAUGGUCGUGAUGAGAGGAAGAUGAGAUGGAGUACACACAGGUAAAAUAGCAAGGAAACAAUCAUGGUCAGGUGCAAGCAGUGAAAAAGAUAAUGAUGGAAGGCAAACAAAGAAAAAAAUACGAGCUAAAACAAACAGUAAAGAAGACAGUAGUGAAAAAGAGAUUCAAGAGUUUUAUUGUCAUGUGCAUAGUAAAACAGGCAAUUAUACUAUGCAAUGAAAUUCUUAUUCUGUUCAUUCUCCCAAGAAAAGAAAGAAAACACAAGAAAAAGAAUAAGAACAUAAGAAACAUAAAUACCAAUAAAUUAAGCAACAGCAACAGAAGAAACAUUAAUACAGAUAAAUAAUACAAAUAAAUGAAUAAGUAAAUAAAUAAAAGUGCUAUGAGUGUGUGCGUGUGUUGCGUGCGGUGUGUGUGAGUGCUUUGUUGAGAAGCCUGAUGGCCUGUGGGUAAAAGCUGUUUGCCAGCCUUGUGGUCCUGGACUUCAAACUCCUGUAGCGUCUGCCUGACGGUAGGAGUGUGAAUAAUGAGUGUUGUGGAUGUGUGCUGUCCUUGAUGAGGUUGUGUGUUCUGCGUAGGACUCUAGAUUUAUAAAUGUCUUGCAGUGAGGGGAGGGCUGCCCCAACAAUGUUCUGUGAGGUCUUGAUCACCUGCUGGAGUGCCUUGGAACAUUAUUAUUACAAUGAGCAAAGAUAAAGCUCAUGUUCACCCAGUUCAUCUCAAUAAAGCAAUUGAAAAGGAAAAAGGGAAAGUCAAAUACGCCAAAAUGCUCAAUAACAGAAGAAUACUUAUAUCAACAGUAAAUAAAAAAACAGCAAGAAAACAUUAUGAAGUUGAAGUACCUUGAUGGUGGAGAAAUAAAAGUACAGAUACCAGGAAUGGCAGCAGCAAUAAGAGGAGUUACUGUAUAUCAAAUAUAUCGUUGGAAAUGUCUCUGGAUGAGGUGAGGAGAGAAAUCAGAGGUGGCAAAAUAACAGUGGUUAAAUGACUCCAAACCAGUAGAGGAGGGGUAAAAAGUGACAGUUUGUCUGGACUACUUGUUUUUGAAAAGACAACACCGACAGAAAUACGUAUAGGGUGUAUGAAUUUCAGGGUGAGGGAGUAGGGAGACUGGGGACGGUUGCAACAAGCCUUAUUUGUCUAAUCAGUAACAUGCUAGAGUGAUGACACUCAUACUGCACAUGCUCAAUUAGACCCUCUACUCGCUAAGAAGUAAGCGGCCAUAUUGCGCAUCUGGUGCAGAUUCUAUCAAGACAAAGUUGUUUUGGAGGUAUGAAAGUAGCUUUUUUCACGAGCUGUAUUUUUGUCCUACUAUCCUAAUAUUUAGUAUGAAUUACUCCAAACCUACCUGGUUUGAAUCACUGUUUUGUUGACUAUUCAGCAACAUUGCUUACAUUUGUCAAUGUCACUGUGGCUAGUUAGCACAUGGUGUUUAGUCGUGACUGAUACUAUGGGGACGGUUGCAACUGUUGCAACCGUCCCCAUGCUAAUAUCAAAAUAGACCACACUAGGCUCAAUUAAUAUAUUUUACUGCUCAUGAUGGGCAGAAUAGGGAAUCAUAAUAAGAAAUUAAUGCUAAUGAUAAACAAAAUAAUUCCCCAAAUAACUUGUUGAGCAAAAAUGAGCAAUUAGUUAUUGUUUUAUGUGUUGUGCUUUGUAACAAACUAAAUACAUUUUCCUGUCAAAACAAUCAUAUAAACUUUG